UCAACUACAUCAACAGAACUUAAGACAGUCGGUUGCCACAAUCAAAACCAAUUGGAAGUUUAAUCACUAACGACUCAAUAGCGAUUAUAGUUCAAUUGGACAUCGAGUAGAAAAGGAUUUCAUUUACAUACAAAACAACAGCAACAACAGCAAGAAAAAAACAAAAUAAAAAACAAAUUUUCAAAAUGUUCACAAAAUUGGUAUUUUUUGGUUUGAUGUCAAUGGCUUUGGCGAAGCCACAACAUUUGCCCGCUGCCGCUCAGUUUCCGGCUGGUGUGAAUCCUCAGGACUGCCCUGGCUUCCCUAUCUGUGAUAAUGCGCGUUUGCAUAAUCCUGCCGCUCGUUGGCAACCGGCCCCCGCCUGGCAACCACAACCGCAAUGGGGUGCCCCUCAUUGGCAAGCUCCUGCUCCCGCCUGGAAUGCUCCUGCUCCCGCCUGGGGUGCACCCGCUCCUGCAGCUGGCGGUGAUAAAUUUCCAGCCGGUGUUAGCCCUCAUACCUGCCCUAAUUAUCCUUUCUGUGAUUUGCAUGCCGGUGCUGCUGGUGCUCCUGCUCCACCCCUACCUGGCUGGACUGAACGUCAAUAUCCUGCCGGUGUUAGUCCGCACACUUGCCCCAAUUUCCCCUAUUGCCACUAGAUGUAUAUAACGAUAUAUCCCAAAAGCCUGAUACAUGUGUUAACAUCUUCCAUUUCCAUUUCACUCCAAUCCAUCCAAACAACUGAACCAAGCGAAACCUUCGAGAUCCUUGUGAGUUGCAUAUUCCAUUCAAUACUCGAAAUUGUAUUAUUUUACUCAACAUCCU